AUGGAAUAUCUCACCCAAGCUGCAGUCACCGCAGUGCCCUACACGGCAUCCCCAGUGCGACUGCUGUGGAGUGACAUCCGUCUGAUCCUACAGAACAUCUGGACAUUACCGGGCAUCUUCCUACCACUUCGCCUCGGUCGCACCAGCCCGUUGGACGAGCUCUUUGUGUCGCUUCCUAAUGGAGCCACCGUAGCGCUUCAUGGGUUCCUUGUCGUGUAUCAGCUUGCCUUUCUUGUCUCCCUGCCUAUAGUCCUGCUUCUGAUGAUGCCGGCCUUGUGGAUCCUCACCUACGUUGCGGGGUUCUUCAGUGUGAAUUAUUUGAUCUGCAUCCUGCUGAAUGGGCGCCGGCGAAUCAUCACCUCGCAGGUGCCGGUGACCGAGACACCCGGCCACGAACGAGAGUGCUGGUUCUUUAUCAAUGGAGUCGCGGUGGGUCGACGCUGGCUUCAGCAGAACAUUAACCAACUGUCGUACACUUUUGGUCGGAAGGUGACCGGGGUCCAUAACCGCACCUCCGGUAUUAUCUUCGACCUCCUUGAGUGCUUGAUCCAGCGCGAUCUCUCCUACGCCACAGACGAUGUGCGCAGUACCUAUGAGCUGCUCAAAAAGGCCCUGCUCAACCCCAACUGCGACAAAGUUGUUCUCCUCCUCCAUAGCCAAGGCGCCAUAGAGGGAGGUCUGAUCAUCGACUGGCUGCUGGAUGAGCUCCCGCGGGAUCUCUUACGCUCGCUUGAAGUAUACACUUUCGCAGCUGCCGCCAACCAUUUCAAUAACCCAUGGACGAGCUGCCCCAAGCCCAGCGAAUCCCCCACCACCGAUCCCUCAGGGGCCAUGUCCAACACCAUCCGGCAUAUCGAGCAUUAUGCCAAUGACGGGGACUUUGUAGCUCGCUGGGGACUCCUCCAUUUCAUCGAUGUUCCCAAUCGGUACAUGGGCCAAGUAUUCAUUCGUUCGGACUCGGGCCAUAUGAUGAACCAACAUUACCUCGAUAAUAUGUUCACCUUGGGCCCUGACCAAAAGGUCCUGGACUCGAAUCCGUUCAUGGAAACUACCAUUGCGACGCAGCCGAACAAAACCAUGAGGGAACAAGAUGGUGCUCAAGGCAAGCGAGCCGAUGGUAAACCCUCUACCUCGGGUGUGCUUGGCCGUCAAAGCCCCGAGCCCAACGGAUCUUCCCAAACACUACGGAUCAAAAAUGUCAGCCGUCUCUGGCAGUAUCGGAAUGGUGGCUCGCCAGGGACCCGUGAAGGAGCUUGA